AUGGGAACUCGCGUUUGUAAUAAGAAAGAGCCGGUUUCUCCAGACAUGAUAAGGAAGCUUGUUGAAAAAUCCAACCUAGAUAAUUUACUUGAGUUACGAAAUGUGUGUAUUUUUAUUCUCACUUUCGCUGGUUUCUUCCGAAUUGAAGAGGUUCUUCAUAUUAGAUAUGGAGAGAUUAGUUUUCAUAGUGACUACCUAACUAUCAACGUUAAUAGAAGUAAGACAGAUCAACUUAGGAAAGGAAGCCAAGUUGAAAUUUUUCGAGGGCUCCGAUAUUGCUACCUGCCCUGUAAACAGUUUCAGGCGUUAUUUAAGAGAGGUUGA